AUGGGAAUCUCACAGAGAUAUUCACGCGUAGCAAAGCUUCGCUCUUCCAGACUUUCCACCGAUAUCACAUGGAAGACCACACUCGUCCGAUCCUUCUUUUCUGAUGAGCAAAUCGACGAACUCGGAUUUCCUGAAGAGGAGAUCGCAGACUACAUGAUCAAGCACAUUGUGCCAUUCGUGAAAUCACACUUGGCACACGCCUUGAAAAUUCGCACCGAAGACUUCGACCAGUUUGUGGCGGACAGGCUCGCCGACCAAGGGGUGGUGGCAACAGGCCAGCAGGACAAAAUCAAGAAAGUCAUGCAGGCUCUAGCUGCUGCAAAAGUGCAGAUCACGGACCAGACGGAUACGCUGGAAGAGCAACAAAACAAAGUAGCGGAGUUGUCUCAGAAGCUGGAGGCGGCUACUCGGUAUCUGGAAGAGAAAGCUACAACCUUGGAGCAGCAAGUCCUCUACAAAGAAGCGUGGAAGCAUGAGCAGCACCUCAAGGAUGAAGCAAAAUUUCCUAAGGAUGCAAUAGACGCCCUCAGGGAUCUCGAAGAGGAGGUCAGCCAUGCAGCAGAAACUUCUAACGACGUCGAAAAAGCCUCCAGCGACACCGCGGAGCAGCAGCAACCUUCAGGUUCCCAGCCAUGCACCUCAGAAAAUGCAGCGGCCGCAAGAGAUGAUUCCCCUAAGUCGAGGGAAAUGGAGCGGGUCCUCGUGGACGGUAUGGCAGAGAUUCGAGAUCUCCUCGGCAAGCUUCUGGCCAAUGUGAGUUCAGAUAUCCAUUCAGCAUCCAUUCAGCAUCUCACAGCUGCUGACGCGGGUCUAUGCCGGCGCGCUUUCGAGGGGACCCUAUACAACUGCAAGGAGGGAGGAAGCGACCCACUAUGCAACCAGGCAGAGCACGCUGCGUCUGCAAGCGUGGCGGUGAAUCCGUCAGAGCAGCAGGCGCCCUCUCCGAUGAGAAGCGUAGCCGAUGCCACGACCGAAACAGACGACUCCCAAGUGAACCUUACCAGGGCGCGUUUUUCCGCACUGCACCGUCCUCCUCUGGGCUCGUUACUUCGACGCCCGGAGCCGGUACCUCUCGGCCCGCCCCAGUCUCCGUCGUCCUUCUACCCCCCUUCCUCGCAGUCUUUCGGAGUUCCCCGGUCUCAGUUGACUCCGCUUCUUGCUUCUUCCGACGUAUGCCCUCAGCCCCACGAGGUACUUACACUCGUAGCUGCAUCGGCGCGCAGCACGCCGUCACCGGAGAGCCGCGCAAUCGCUCUGCCUCUCGUCGAGCAGGAACCCCCUCAGCUGCCAAGCUUAGCCUUCCAAGCGGCGGUUUCGCUUGGCUCCAGCGAAGUUCCUGUUCCGCUAAGAGGCCACUCGCCGGACGAGGGCACGACAGGGUUUGCGUACGCUGCGGUAGACUCUCCACUUCGCGCCGCACAGUUUUCGUUUCUUCCGCCUUCGAACAGAUCGGCGGCGCUAGGCCGUCUCCCGGCCGUUUCUAGCUUCUCGCCUGUGCUCCAAGACGCACACGAGGUGCCCUCGCCUCCAGUCGGCGGCUCCCAAGUGCAGCGUCCUCCUUCGCUUCCUGAGCACGCCCGCCUCGGGGACGCUCCCCAUUUCGUCGCCUUGCCGGCAGUAUUCCACCGUGGCGGCGAUUCACCGAUUCCGGGGGCCGGAAACCCCCCUGAGGAUGCACGUGCUCCAAUCUCUUCUCGGUCUUACUCGCCGGGAACGCCGCCAGGGGCUGUGACCCUCCAGCAAGGGUUUCGGGGUGUGGCGCCCCUCGGCCAGACCCUCGCGACACAUGGGAUGCCUGCCGGCGCUUUCCUACCUCCCACGCUGCUAGGGGCUGCGUCUGCUCAGACUGUCCCUGCCUCUUGGGGGCUCUCUCCCUCUCCCUGUGCCUCUCCUCAACUCUCCGCAGCUUCGUCACCUUCUCCACUGGCAGGCAGUCCCCCUCCACGGCUGGGCGGCCCCCCUAGUUCUCCAGCCUUCCGACCACCGUUCCCGCCUGCCCCGUUUGGACCCCGGGGCGCGUUCUCGCUUCGGCCGCCCUCGUCUCCGGGGUACGGCCGUGAGCCGCACGCGGGUACCCGCCCAGAGGCGGCAGAAAGCGAAACUAAUCCGCACGCCUCCGCGGCCUUGAUGGACGGGCGGCAACUGUCGCCAGGGGGCGAGGGCUGCCCCAUCCUCUUGGCUGGGUCUGCGGAAACUGCCGCCUGCGUGAUGGAGGGCGAAUCUGGGGGGCGCCUCAGCGCACAAAACGGAGGGUCAGAAGCAGUUGCCGGCACUGCCCCAGAUGAAGACCGCCAGCAGCAGGCUGACGCAGGUCCCCCCGUAUCACAUGUCCGAUUAGAAGAGGAUGGGGGGACGCGUGGAGACUCCGUGGAGUGCGCAGAAGCUUUUGGUAGCCUCGACGCGUCUGGCGGGCCAGCGAUGCCUUCUGGCAAUACGCAGCGCAUCUCAACGGAGCCCCGCCAAGACGACCGAGCAGCACAGCCUCCUCCGGAGGCGUCUUCGUUAGACUCCGUCAGUGCCGCCUUCUGCCAGGCGCCCGUGGAGGCGUCGCCCGCGGCGGAAGCGAGCAGUGUCUGCCCUGUGGCCUCUCCGACAAGAGAAACAACAUGGCAGGGGCCAGGAAUAUCGGCGCCAGGAGAGGCCGAGGCAGGCUGCGACCAGAGGAAAACGCAGCUGCAGGCUGCUCAAGCUGAGCGUGUGCUGCCUGAGGCCUUGGCCGUCCCUGUUCAGAAUUCCGCGAUCGCAUCCACCAGUCCAGGCUUGCGAGAGACUGCCGGGACACCUGCUGGCCCCCCCUCUUUCGCGGAGGCGAACGCUGGGCGCCCCGACUGCGAGGGAACGCGAGUGCCGCCCACGGAUGAAAACGCGGCGAAGUCACCCUUGUUACCGGCAGCACCGCGGACUGUCGGCGAGGAGAGGCCCUUACAAGUGGAAGAAGCUCAGGAGGCAUCUUCGACAGGGAGCCUGCAGAGCCCGGGCCUCCGCCUUCCCUCGUCUUCCCCCUAUCCGCCUCCGUGUGCACCGCUGCCGCAGGCCCGCAGCCCCGAAUCAGAGAGCUGCACAGUGGAGCAGCUGUUGCCGCAGCCGCGCCGGGUCACACUCCAAAACCGAGGGGCACCAGCAGCGAGUUGGGGAGGUAUGGAUUCGUUCUCUGAAGGUACCCAGGGGGGUCCUGCUGAGAAUAGGAUUAUCCGGAUGACCCAGGUCCCUUUCGCGCGUGUCGGCGACCAGGCUAUGUCCCUGCCUCCAGCGGUCGUCCUCACGGAUGCGGGCUUCCAAUCGCAGGCAAUUUCCGGAGCCUCUCUAGCGGCGUUUGAGACCCCAUACCCGCCCUCUCCGUCCACGCUCGGCUUCUACAAAGUGAAAGCACCAAGUCUGCCCAAUUCUGCUGACCCCCCUCCAGAGUUCUCAGAUUCCUCCCUCGCGCCCCGGCUCCCCGAGGGGGGCUCAGCCUUCCCUGCGCUCGUCCGCUGCGCCCCGACGUACACUGGGGACGGUUCGUUGAGGCACCCGGCCCUCCUGACUUCUCAGAGUGGAAGCGAUGGCGCCUCCGGCUCCACGCCGAUCCUUGCGCACGACGCAUAUGGAUCUCCCGCGGGGGUUGCGGAGAAGGCAGCUGCGCGGCCGGCGUCGCCAGAAGAGAACUUCUACUGGGCAGGAGUGACAGACGCUAUCUGUCACGAGUGGAGGACCGAUCUUCACGUGCCGGGAGCUGGACUGGCUCCGCCUGCUGCGCCAACUGCUCUCGAAGGGCGGACGCCUGCGUCCUCCUCGGUGCCUGCGUCUAUUCCGCGGGAAAGCUAUCUCCUCCAGCCUGUCCCGGAGUCGCCUAGUCGGCUCAACGGUGUGGUGCGGCAUGAGCCUGGAAAGGCGUUCUGGAACGCACAGCAUGCAGAGGGGGGCCCGUUGUUCGCGGGCGGGCCAACCAGCUCGCCGCAGGUCCUGUCGUGCCCCAGGCCGCCGACGCGAAUCCCUCUUCACUACGUGGGAACCCUUCCUCUGAGGCGGCCGCGCAGUCAAAGCCCUAGCGACGUCUCGGCGAGCCGAUGCCUUUCGGUUGCAUCGGGUGCGAGGUGCCCCUUCGCCGCGCCCCUCGGGGCAGCCGCAGCGCUUCUAGAGGGGGAGGGCGAUAUGGGCCUCGUUGCGGAGCCCAAUGAAAGGGCCUCGGCCGCCACUCCGACCGCGAACCCCUCCACCCCCAGAGGAGUCUGUGAAAACCCAGAGAAGUUUACACCGUGCAACAGCGCGAACGGAGACCUGCGAGACUGCGGGCCGGACGGCGCUUGCACCACAUAUUUCUCUUCAGCGCGCCGCCUGCGCUCCCUAUCAACAGGCCAGCUUUCGUGCGAGGCGAGCCGCCCAACUGUUCACAGUCCAUGCAGGCACUGCGGCUGCCCCGGCAGGGCAUCCGGAGGCAGCUGCCCAUCCCAGAUCGACGGCAGCUGUGAGAUUCGUUCGCAGCCGGGAACCGAGCCGUGCGGCGGAAUUCCUCCAAGUGACGGCCAUCGGCGGGGCGUGCAUGAGCCCUUCUGUGGAGAGGGGGGCUGCCACGCAGCCUGCUCCCGGCGACCUCGGUCGAGCUUCCACCAGGCCCAGGCGAUCCCCCUUGUCCGCUGUCACUCCCCGGAAGACCGGUAUCGCGCCGCCAGGCUCGGUGUCGGCGGCUAUCCGGUCUAUCCCUCCGAAGCGGACGUGGCCGCAGCCUGCCAAGAGGGGACUGCAGACGAACUCCAGGCGUCUCUUCUCGACAGUUCGGACUGCUCGGACCCUCCGUUCCACGCGGACACGCUUCCAUUCUCGGCAGGAGGGAGCCCGUCGCGCUCCGUCACAGACAGCGUAUUGUCUGGAAAAGACGAGACAGCCGGGCCUUCCGGUGGCUCGAGACGGCCGUCCCGUAGGCAGGCGCUGGCGGCAAGCCACGGCGUGUCCUGUCGCGGAAGCAGUCGGUCCUACGCCAGCAAGAGAGACGACGAUCCUUCGGGAAGAAAAUCGAAUCCACUGGUGCCCUGUAUUCCCAUACGAGGCUCGAAGAUCGGGCAAGCGAGAAACGCACCGGCGGAGAGACAAACCCUGUCCUCCCUGGCGGCAAGGAACCGACGGCUGGAAAACCAGGUUCUUGGUCUCUGCUGCGCUCUAGUCGAGGCACACGAACAGCUGGAGAAGACCAAGGAGGGAGCGAAAAGCCGACCAACUGGUUAUGCGACUCGAAGCCCCUACUGGAAGCGGCGGGGGGCGCCGAAAAGGCCCGCGAAUGGGAAGUCAUUCUCUUAA